CCCAACUCCAACCGUUCGUCAGACCAAAGCAGUCGACUCAGCUCAGCACGGGCUCCUGAUCUGACCUGAACACAAAAAUACAGAGAAAGAGACAGAUAGUGAAGUCAGAAGUGAUACUGAGACAACAUCCAACCUCCAGCUGUUGAUUUACACCUGAAAUGAGACGUAGUUCAGCAUUCGGCUUGGUUUUCAUCUACGCUUCUGCCUUUGGGCCUUAUUUUUACCCUCUCAUGCUGUUUUAAUCGAAUGCGUGUUUGAAGAUGAGCUCGAAGAGGAAGUUUGGAGUGAAGUCUAAGGUUUCUGAAGAGAAAGAGGAAUAUGUGACACCAAAUGGCUACGAGCUGGAGAAACACCUGACGCACGGCAGCGUCGCCUACACACACGUCAAUGAGGUCUGGCCUAACGUCUACAUCGGAAACGAAGAAACAGCAAAGGACCGAUACAAGCUGAAGACGAUGGGCAUCACACACAUCCUGAACGCAGCCGAGGGCGAGUGGAACAGUGUGGACACCGGCGCUGAAUACUACAGAGACAUGGACGUGCAUUACUACGGGAUCACGGCGGAGGAUGUUCCCACGUUCAACCUCAGCCAGUUCUUCUAUUCUGCCGCAGAACACAUCCACCAGACCCUCAGAAACCCCCAGAAUAAGCUUGUGAUUCACUGCGUGAUGGGCCGCAGUCGCUCCGCCACACUCUUCUUGGCCUACUUGAUGAUCUACGAGAACAUGACGGUUGUAGACGCCAUCGAGCAGGUCAAACGCAGACGCCGCAUCAUCCCAAACUGGGGCUUUCUGAAGCAGCUGAGAGAGCUGGACACACACCUGCUGGAGCAGAGAAGAGCUCAAAACACACUUAAACACUAAAAACACUUACUGAGAGAAGAACUAUUUCUCUUUACAUUUCUGGAUGUACAGUAGACAAUGGCAGCCAGUGAAUAGUUAGUGUUUAAGUUUGAGGUAUGUUUAGUUUGUCUGGUUCUGUGCAAAGAUUUGU